AUGGCUGCAUUAAUUGGACAUUUAUCUGGAUUUGAUGGCAAUUCAGAAUCAUGGACAUGCUAUCAAGAACGUUUAGAGCAGUACUUUUUAGUAAAUGAAAUAGACGAUGAGAAAAAAGUUCCAGCUUUAUUAACUUUACUUGGAGAAAAAACUUACGGGUUACUUCGAAAUUUGACAUCACCGGACAAACCUUCAACACAGUCAUAUGACCAUCUUUGUGAAUUAUUGAAUAAACAUCUUAACCCAAAGCCAUUGAUUAUAGCUGAACGAUUUAGAUUUCACAAACGAAACCAAGCGGCGGGUGAAAGUGUAAAUGAUUAUGUAACUACACUGAGGAAAUUGGCAGAACAUUGCGAUUUCCAAGCCAGCCUAAACGAUACGUUACGGGACCGCUUAGUUUGUGGACUUAAAGAUGAGCACAUACAGCGUAAACUAUUGUCGAUGGAAGACUUAAGUUUAAAGAAGGCUGUUGAAACAGCAGUUGCUAUGGAAACAGCAACGAGGGACGCCGCAGAACUUCAGUCGUUGACCGCAAGUGUAAAUAAGGUUGAGAAAAGGAAACCUUCGAGAAGAGUUGAACACAGGCCACGGCAAAAACAGGCGACCGCAAACUCGACCGGGAAACAAAACGGAAAAUGCAUUCACUGUGGUAAAGAUAAUCAUGCAUCUUUCAAAUGCCGAUUUAAGAAUGCCAUUUGCCAUGCAUGUAAUGCACAUGGACACAUAAAAAGUAUUUGUCUGAAAGCACGUGCACGAGACGUACAUGCCAUGAACAACAACGACGUUCCUGUGAUGAGUAUAAAUUCCGUGACCAAAGGUUCGAGCAGGAAAAUCACCAUCACACCAAGAGAUAGACGACAGACCCUUACAAAUGGAAGUCGAUACGGGCUCAGCUGUUUCUCUGAUGUCAAGAGAAGAGUUCCAGAAGUGUUUUUGGAAAUGUUACAUUGGAUAAGCCCACAUCAGUGUUAA